AUGAGAGCUCUGGAGAACAUCGUGGAUAGUUUAUUUAUAAGAAUGUUGAUAGUCUGUCUCCUAGCUACGACAGCUUCAUCAUUCGACGACACCAAAACCUGCAUUAAAACUGUUCUAAAAAAUGAAGGGAUUCGUUUCACCCGUCCCACCCACAUCCCAUCUGGACUGAUGCAGCCUAAAGAGCGCGUGUUUCUGAGCAAGGAAGUGACUUCCCCGGUCCAGUGUGCUAUGGACUGUACAGAUGGCAUGCCAUUGGGUUGCAGAUCGUUUGCUAUUGAGAUCAGAAACUCCUUCACUGCUGUUGAUAGAAAACUUUACUGUCAUCUUAGCCGAGAAACAUUAAAUCCCGAAGUUGCUGUUAUGGCUUUUCGUUCAUCUUACUAUGAGGUGAAAGUGACGCCCAGUCUUUCCAACUGCUUGCCAUCUUUAAUCUCUUUUACACCACAAAGCACUGCUGAAACCAAAAUCGUCACAGACCUAAAUGCCUACGUGUACACCACAAAUGAUGACGACAUUUUAGACUUAAACAGAAAGAGCACCGAUUUCGAGCCAGAAAAUUAUUUCAGGGCCUCUUCAACUUUAGGCCUUUUCGAAGUUAAAUCAACAAAGUCGUGGACUACUGAGGAUACAGAACUUAACUCGCUAUCAUCUUUCACAUCUGGUGAAGCAACAAUAACAGCACAAGAUGAAACAAUAUCAUGGAGAGAUGAAGGAAAAUUACAAAACAGUUUGUCUGUUGAAACACCCACAGCAACAGCACCGGAUGUAACAAUGGAAUUACUUGACAAGACAAUGCUAAGUCAUACAACUAAUGAAACCUUGGCAUUUGAACUGACAACUACAUCACCACUUCAAACAACUACCCCUAAAGUAACAAAUACUACAUCAUCAGUUCAAACAACUACAGCUAAAAUAUUAACAACUACUUUACCAAUUCAAAUAACUACACCUACGACUACAUCACCGAUUCAAACAAUUACGCCUAAAGAAACAAAUACUAAAUCUAAAGAAACAACAACAUCAUCUGUUCAAACACAUACAGCUGAAAUACCAAUGAAUACAUCACAAGUUGAAACAACUACGCUUAAAAUAACGUCUACCGCACCAGUUCAAAUAAGUACGCCUAAAGUAGCAACGAAUUCAUCACCAAUUCAAACAACUACGUCUAAAGUAACAACUACAUCUAGAAUAACAACGACUACAUCACAAGCUAAAACAACUAUGCCUAAAAUAACAACGACUACAUCACCAGUUAAAACAACUACACCUAAAAUAAUAACGACUAUCACACCAGUUCAAACAAGUACGCUUAAAGUAGCAACGAAAACAUCACCAAUUCAAACAACUGCAUCUGAAGUAGCAACAACUACAUCUAGAAUAACAACGACUACAUCAGCAGUUAACACAUCUACGCCUAAAAUAACAACUAUUACCUCACCAGUUCAAACAACUACGUCUCAAGUAGCAACUAUUAAGACUAAAGAAACAGCAUCAACUAUACAAACACCUACAACUAAAAUAACAACGAUUGCGUCACCAAUUCGAAUAACUACGCCUAAAAUAACAACGACUAAGUCAGCACUUCAAACAAAAACGCCUAAAGAUACAAUGACCACAUCACCAGUUCAAAAAACUACUCGUAAAGAAAGAGAAACUACCUCAGCCGUUCAAACAACUACAUCGCUAAAUAAAAUUAAUUUAACCAAAGUUACAACGACUACAUUAUUAGUUCAAACAACUAUGCCUAAAAUAUCAACAAGUACAUCACCAACUCAAAGAACUACAUCUAAAAUAUUAACGAGUAAGUCACCAGUUCAAACAACUAUACCUAGAGUAACAAAGACUGCAUCACCAAUAAAAACUACUGUGACUAAAGUUACAACGACUACAUCACCACUUCAAACAACUACACGUAACGAAACCACUACUAGAACUAAAGAAACAACAAAAUCACCUGUUCAAACACCUACAGUAACAAAGACUGCAUCACCAAUAAAAACUACUGUGACUAAAGCUACAACGACUACAUCACCACUUCAAACAACUACACGUAAAGAAACCCCUACUAAAACUAAAGAAACAACAAAAUCACCUGUUGAAACACCUACAGUUGAAACAACAACGACUACAUUACCAGUUCAAACAACUACGUCUAAAAUAACAACGACUUCAUCACCUGUUCAAACACCUGCAAUUGAAAUAACGACUAGAUCACCAGUUCAAAGAACUAAUAUGCCUAAAGUUACAAAGACUACAUCACCAGUUCAAACAACUACACCUAAAAUAUCAACGUUUACAUCAUUAGUUCAAACAACUAUGCCUAAAGUUACAACGAGUAUAUCACCUGUUCAAACACCUACAGUUGAAAUAACAACGACUAAAUCACCAGUUCAAAUAACUACGCCUAAAAUAUCAACGACUACAUCACUAGUUCAAACAACUACGUCUAAAAUAUCAAUGACUACAUCACCAGUUAAAACAACUACGUCUAAAAUAUCAACGACUACAUCACCAGUUCAAACAACUACGUCUAAAAUAUCAACGACUACAUCACCAGUUCAAACAACUACGUCUAAAAUAUCAACGACUACAUCACCAGUUCAAACAACUACGUCUAAAAUAUCAACGACUACAUCACCAGCUCAAACAACUACGUCUAAAAUAACAACGACUACAUCACCAGUUCGAACAACUAUGCCUAAAGAAAUAAUGACUACAUCACCAGUUCAAAAAACUACUCCUGAAAUAUCAACAAAUACAUCACCAAUUCGAACAACUAUGCCUAAAGAAAUAAUGACUACAUCACCAACAAACAACUACGUACUAAAUACAACGACUACAUCACCAGUUCGAACAACUAUGCCUAAAGAAAUAAUGACUACAUCACCAGUUCAAAAAACUACUCCUGAAAUAUCAACAAAUACAUCACCAAUUCGAACAACUAUGUCUAAAGAAAUAAUGACUACAUCAUCAGUUCAAACAACUACAGUAACAAAGACUGCAUCACCAAUAAAAACUAUUAUGCCUAAAGUUAAAAUGACUACAUCACCAGUUCAAACUACUACUCCUGAAUUAAUAACGACAACGUCACCAGUUCAAACAACCAUAUCUAAAGAAACAACAACGUCACCUGUUCAAACACGUACAGCUAAAAUAAUAACGACUACAUCAGUAGUCGAAACAACUACGCCUAAAAUAUCAACAACUAUGUUACCUAUUCAAACAGCUUCGCGUAAAGUAACAACGAUCUCAUCACCAAUUCAAACUACUACAUCUAAAACAUUAACGACUUCAUCACCAGUUCAAACAACUAUUCCUAAAGUAACAACGACUACACCACCAUUUAAAAUUACUAUGGCUAAAGUUACAAUGACUACAUCACCAAUUCAAGCAACUACGUCUCAAGUAACAACAACUACAUCACCAGCUAAAAUAAUAAUGACUACAUCACCAGUUCAAACAACUACACCUAAAUUAACAACGAUUACAUCACCAUUCAUUGCAACUACACCUAAAGUUACAGCAACUGCAUCACCAAUUCAGACAACAACGCUUAACAUGGCAACGACUCUAACAUCAUUCCGAAUGCUUACACCUAAAGUAACAGCGAAUUUAAUAUCAGAUGAAAUAGUUCCACCUGAAGUAUCAAAGACUACUUCAUUAGCUCAAAGAACUACACGUGAUACGACAACGACUACAUCACCAUUUCAAACUACACGUAAAGGAACGACUACAACAUCAACUGAAGCAACUACUUCUGAUGUAAUGUCGACUACUACAGCAUUUCAAACAUCUAUUCCAAAUAAACCUUUACUUAAUUCGAGGAACUUGGUAGAUGCAGCUGGUUCUCUCCAAUUCUUUUCGUCUUUUCUCGGGAUGUACCAGAAGAAGUAUGUGUUAUUCUGCGGAAUUAAAGCGUUAGUCUAUAGUCAACCUAACUUCAACGACCCCAAAAAUCUUCCUAUAGAGAUGGAUUUGUAUCAUCUCUUCCCUGGUCAUCCUCAGUUGAAGAUCUCUCUUCAAGCUGUAAUGACGGUUGACGAUGGUUACCAAGUAAUUCUUGUAUACGAUG